ACAAUUUGGCACACUAUCGCAUCAUGGCGCCGGCAGCGAUUGUCGUGGUCGGCGGCGGGUACAUUGGCAUCCAGUUUGCGCAGGAUCUGGCGAAGCAACUGAACCCUUCCCAAGCGUCUAUUACACUUAUCGAGAAGAACGACUUCACGUUCCACUGCGUGGGUGUCCCCCGCGCGUUGGUUGACCCGACGUACGUGAAGAAAUUGUUCAUUAACAUCGCCCAUGCCCUUCCCCCCACGGCGACGGUUCUGCGUGGCAUCGUCGACGAAAUCGACGGCAUCAACAAUGCCGUCGUUGUGCGACCCAUUGUAAAUGACAGGGCGCAAGAAACGACCACGCGUGUUCAGUUUGACUACCUCGUCCUCGCGACGGGCAGCAGCUACGUAUCCCCAAUCAAGGUUCCCCUCCAUGAAUACACCCGCGCAAACGUGGUAUCGGCUAUCCAUGCAACCGCCGAGCGCAUCAAGGCUGCGUCGUCCGUCCUAAUCGUAGGAGGUGGCCCUGUGGGGAUCGAAGUCGCGGGCGAAAUCGCAUCUGCGUCCCCGACGAAGCGAGUAACCAUCCUGGAGGGACAAAAUUCGUUGGUGCACAAUGCAAAGUUAAAGGACGAGUUUCGAGCGCAAUUGACGGAGAAGCUCAUGCGCCUGAACGUCCACCUUGUACUAGGCGAGCGGCUGCAGCUUCGCUCCAGCGACUGCAUGCCGCACGCAACAACUUUCACCACGAACAAAGGCACGAAGAUCGAAGCAGACAUGCAUUUGUUGUGCGCUGGCAUGUCCCCGAAUGUGGAUCUGAUCCGUAAGCUUGACGCAUCUCUGCUGUCCACGACGUCGAAAGGCGUUCGUGUGAAUGGCGCGUGCCAAGUCGACGAUCCGCGCUACUCGCACGUGUUUGUCGUGGGAGACGCAAGUGACCACCCCACACCUAAGCUCGCGUAUGUUGGAGGGUUUCAGGCCGCGCAUGUCGCGACGGAGCUAGCCAAAUGGGUGGCUGCCGGCAGCGGUAACUCGAUCAAGUUGACGCCGUACGUGCCUCCGUCGACGGAAGGCAUGCUGAUUCCUCUGGGAAAGAACGUCGGCGUCGGUCAAGUGCCUCUCUUCGGUGGCGUCGUCGUUGGCAAUGCCGUUAUCCGCUUCAUCAAGGGACAUGAUUACUUUGCCACCACGUUCUGUAGCAAGUGGCGGACGACAGAAGAUGGAGACCCGAUCCUGGUGCACGGAUGGGUUCGAUACGCGAUGGCAGCUGCUGCGGUCGUCGCGGGCACGUUGGCUGCGUGGCACUUCUCCAAAAGUUCGUAGCAUCGUCAACAAAAACUGUGCACACUCUAGUGCAGUCAGGAAAUAUGUGUGCUUGCAGUGUACGUAGCUUGUC